CCGCCAUGACACAAAGCUGUGGAAGAAGAAGCAGACGAAAAAAAUAUGUGCAAGCAAAUCUCGCGAAAGAAAAUGAAAUUUGCAACAACUGCCGUGUGUGAAAUGUGAACGUGGAGAGUGCAACGCACCAUCGAGACAAUAAUACGCAUUUUAGUGAUUAUUUCGCCUGCGCCCCGCCCCUUAAAGUUGCGAAAAUAUGAAGCGAAAAUACGAAAAUUGCCUGCUGCAGCAGAGGCAGCAACAAAAUCCGUGUUUGUUGUAGAUAUACAUAUAUAUAUAUGCAAAUCCCAUCCGUACAUAAUACGGGGAGUACGGCGGAGAUACGGAUCAGCCGCCGUGAAAUAUAGAAUAAGGAUAUCGGCCCCGCCGCAUCCGCAAUCGCACCCAAAUUUAUUCAAAGUCCGAGAGAGCGCGCGAGAAAGAGGCGCGAAAAAUUCGCAACACAAAAUGGUUGUCUCCAAAGACAACAAGCGUCGCCGCAAGGAGACGGAGACCCCACCGCCCCCGCCGCCGCCUCCUGCGCCAACGGUGGCCACUCCGACGGCGGCCGGAACGGCGACUCCGGCCAUUGAGUCGUCACCUGAAAUGCCCAAGAGAACGAAGGUGCAGGCUCAACGAAAGUUUGCCCAGGGCCAGAGUGCUCCAACCAGCAGCUCCUCAAGUAUUGCCGCUUACAGUACAGCAGCGGCAGCAGGACCUGGCACUGGAUCCGGCCCAAGCACCUCAGGAGUGGAUAGCUCGCAGCCGCCGAUCGAGAUCCUGCCAAACAAGUGCCCCAAGGCUCAGGAUUUCCUCACCUUUCUCUGCUUUCGCGGCACUCCAGCGCUGCCUGCGCACUUGGACUACCUCAAUCAGGGCAAGUCUAAGGACGCGGCCAAGGAGUCUGGCAGUAACGCAGCCGGAGGUCAAGCCAACAAUAAUAACAAUGCCAAAAAGGUCACCAACAACAGUCGACAACAGACGGGAAUGGGUGCUGGUGGCAAGAAAAAGCGUGGUCGACCCGCCAAAUCAGCGGGCGGAAAGAAAGCAGCGGAGGCGGACACGACGACGUCCACCGAGAAGUCCCCCUCUACGGCAGACAAAGCAGUCAGUGAUAAAUCCAAUCUCAUUGCAGUCAAACAGUCUGCAGCUCCUUCGCCAACCCCAACGCCUGCUCCAACUCCUGCUCCCCCUGUGCUGCCAGGUGCUGUCCGGAAAAGAGCGGAGAUCGUCACCGAUGGCAAUCGACGCGGUGGAAGAGGGAGGGCAGCAGCUGUAACUGGCAGCACCACUAGUACAGGAGUAGUCGCCACCUCCAACGAUAACAAACGGCGCUCGAAUCGUGCUAGCACCAAGGAGAGCAAAUCCGUCAUAGAAAAUGAUAACGAAUCGGAGGAGGACGAGGAAGAGGAUCAGAACAGAAACGAUGCGGUCGAUGAUGAUGACGACGAGUUCUUCUCCGCCCACGAUGCAACAUCUCGCAAUGGUGAAGCGGAGGUGAAGGCCGAAAGUCCUGUGAAAGCGGAGGAGAAAGCUAGACGAGGACGUCCAUCGGCUGGUAAGAAACCAGCGGAGCCUCCAGCUCUCCCCUCUGAAGCCCAACAAUCGGUUCAGAAGGACAAGGCGCCCGUGAAGCGUGUACGUCAAAGGGAAUCUCCUAUUUUUAUACCCUCACCCGAAUCCUCGGGCCGGAUGACAAGACAGCGGGCUUUUUUCGAGCCCGUCAAGGUUCCGCCGCAUCAAGAGGAGACUGCGACACCGGAGCCGCCUAAGGAAGACGCCGAAUCACCGGAAAAGUCGGAAAACGAACCAGAGCCCAUCAAGAAGGCAAAGGAAGCCACCAAGGAGAAGACGAAUUCUAUUAUUUAUGCCAAAGACGCCAAGCAGCAGCUGGAGAACGGAGACAGUCAACAUGGUGCGGGAGCCAAGGGAAAGAAAAGCUUGAAUGUCUUUGAUUUUAGCUCAGAUGACGAACAGCCGCUGGCCAAGUCCAUUAAGCUAAAAAAAGGUGGCAAGGGUGCGAGUCCCAAGAAGGGAGGAGCUGCUGCAGCUGCUCCCGCGGUCAGGAAUCGUAAGGCGAUCGCUAAAAAGCUAGAAAAGGAAAAGCUGGAGAAGGAAAGGGAAAAUUUGGAGAAGGAAAAGGAAAGGGCUAAGGAGAAGGAAAGGCGGGAAAAAGAGCUCGAGAAGGAAAAAAAGGAGAAGGAAAAGGAACCUAUUCCCGAAAUCAAAGUGGAGGAACCGCCGAGUGGAGGAAAACGGGGCAAGGCAGGCAAAAAGAAAGCUGAGGACCCACCAGCCGAUGAACAGGAACUAGCGCCCCCUUUGUCCAAGAAGGCCACGCCUAAUGUUCGUGGAUCUCGGAAGUCGGCGAAAGGCAAGGCCUCGGAGGAUUCCGCAGAAACAGAGCCUCAGCGAUCUCAACGCCCUUCCCGCAAAACCAAGGAGGCAGCUGCCAUCUACAUGGGUAUCAUUGGCCACAAACUGCAGCUAGCCGACGACGAGGAGGACGACCUGUCGCUGAGCAGCUUCCCGGACAUACCCAAUGUUAAGGAGAUGGAAAAGAUGGAGAACGAGAUCAAGCGCAAUGCGGCGGGAAAGUUAAGCGUGCCGGAGGCCACGACGGUGCUUCCGGCAGGCAAAUCUACCCGUAAGCCGUCACCCCGACCCAAGGAUUCGUCAGCAGGCGCAUCAGCCCCACGAGCAGUCAGUAAGGACGAGUCCCCCUCCCCUCCAGAAGCCGAGGAAGAGAAGCCACCGCCCCCAGCACGACGUGGACGUCCACCCAAGCAGGGAAAGACAUCUGGCGGUGCAGCGGCACCGCCACCGCCUCCAAAGCCGCCCAUCGAAGGCAUGCUGGUGAAGAAGGGCUCCCUAGCCAAGAUAUCCGAGCAGGCCAAGCCCAAAGCCAAGUCCGAACAUUCGAAAGUCGACUCCGACGAGGAGGAGGACUUUCUCAUCAACGAGGAGCUGAACGAAACAAAGCGCAAGCUGGAGAAGAGUUUCAGUGACUCGGACGACGAACCGCUGGCCAUAAAAGUGCCAUCCGUGAUGGUGGCGACGUCGUUGGUCAAGGAAAAGGAGGAAGCAGCGCCCGCAAAGGUGCUCAGUCCACAGCCCCCAAAGGUUGUAGCUACGCCAUCGCCCACCAUCUCGGCUCCUGCUCCAGUAUUCUCUGCUGCCGCCACACCACCUCUGUUGACGGUGCCCACAACCCCGCAGGCUACCACCAGCACUCCCACCACCCAGCUGACUAUGCUGCCGCUGACGGCAAAGGCCACGCCAACUCUGGGCGGCCCUAUGCCCACCAUGUUCCCGGGCAUGCAUGCUAGUUAUUCGCCGGUUAAAGCCAUGGAGAAGAAGCCGCCGGUGCCCACGUCAAAGAUCCUUAAUGUACCCGCCACCUAUGCGCUGCCUGGGAGUGCCAGUGGGAGCGGAACGGUAGGCGGUUUCCAGAAAACCUCCUCGUACCUGCCGCAAGCAUCGCCUCAUUACCAUUCCGGAUAUGUCCGUCCGCCGCCCACGCCAACACAUCAGUUCGGCGGCGGCGGCGUCGGCGGGGCACCGUCUGGGAGUAAAACUCCAUCGCAGGGCACAACUUCCUCGUCCCCGCUGAAAUAUCAGACGCCGCCAACCACAUAUCCGCCGCCCAUCGAGGCGUAUCAGUGUCCCAAGAUCAAUCCUAACUUUCUUACGCCCAAAUACGAGCGAAGUCCAUUGCCGCCACCGCGUUCGUCGGCCAGCAACAGCUUUCCCAGCCCUUCGCCAGUGAAGUUUAUGCCCACAUCAAGCACAACGGUCACCACAACAACCACGGUGGGCACACCGUCGUCUAUCGCCAACACUAAGAGCCCCUUGGCUCCGCCUCCGCCAUCACCGCCGGUUAGUCAAGUGAUGAUUCAGACGUCCAGCUUGAAUCUGAGCACGAGCAUAGCGGCCACCGUGAAUGCAGCACCAAUGGCCGUGGCAUCUACGUCAGCAGCGGCGGCACAACAAGCGGCUGCACAGGCGGCAGCAGCAGUAGUGACUGGAGGAACCACAACAAUGGCCACAGCGACGCCACCACCAGCGCACAGCAAUAACGCAGGAGCUGGUGGAGGUGCUGCCGCCGCUAAUUCCGAUCCCCUAAAGGAUGAGAUUGGGAGCAUCCUGGCUCAGGCCACCCUCAUGCCUAGCAAGGAGGAAUCUGGAAAGAUCUUUGGCAUUGCCAGCGUGAGUUUGGCCCAGAGUUCGGGGCCGGACAACACCAAGUGUACCCUGGGCAAGUGCGGGUCCAUUCACAAGCCGGUGCUCGGACCAGUAGUGCCCACGGAGGGUUAUUUUGGUGACCAGUUGUCCAGCAAGGAGCGUCGCAAGGCGAAGGUGAAUAUGACCCAUGAGCAAAUCCAGAAGUGGCUUAUCGAGUGCUCAUCCAAUCCGGAUGAGAUUCAGGACGAUUUGGACGAUGAUUUCGAUGAUAGUCUGCGCCCGCAGCAAUCCACAACACCGCCGCCCACAAGGGAUGACAAGGAACUGAGUGCCAGCUUCAGUUCCUCAUCGAAGAACACGCGGGGCGAUCUCGGCAAGAGCGAGAGCGCCUGGUCAGCCAAGGGACCCUCACUGAAGGCCACGCCCGUGCUGGUCACUCCACCCAGCCGCAAGGAGCAGUUGGAACAGGCAGAGGCGGCCAAGGAUUGCUGCGACGCCUUGGACUACGACAAGUCCUCCACGCCAGUGAAUCUCACACAGAAGCUGACCGCCAAUGAGACACUUACGGUCACCGCCGACAAGAAGAUCAAUGAGCGAAAGUCCAAGGAGUCGGCCAAGGCAUCCUUGACAGCCAAGACGGCUGGACAGCAGUCACGCAGUGCCGCCGCCACGCCUCCCACUCCCAUUUCGACGCCCACUCCCAUACCUCUGGCCUCAGCCAAGAGCAGUCCCACACCGCCGCCAGUAACCAAGCAGAAAGCGGAGAAGGGCAAGAGGAAUGCCGUGGCAGGAACUGGAGCAGCUGCAAUGCCUUCACCGCCGCCCGCGACACCAACUCCGCCGAAUCCGAAACGAACGCCGGUCUACAACCAAAAGGGUAGCAGGGCACAACAGCAGCAAGCGCAGCAACAGGUGGAAGCAAAGCCAACAGCUAAUCUCACCACUGCAGCGGGCGCCAAGAAAGAAUCUGUCUACGCCUUUAGCAAGGAGGAGGAGGUGACCAGCAACAAGCCGGGCAGCAAUCGUCGGCGUGCGGAUCCCAGUCUCGUACCUCCUGCUCCAGCUGCCGUGCCCAAUGCGCUGAGUGAGCGAUCGCCGACCAAGAAACGAGCAGCAGCGGCGGCGGCAGCCACAGCAGUCCAAUUGACCCUGAGUCCCACGGAGAACUGUAAGAUCGAGGGUAAGCCGAAGGCCACGACAGGAAGGGGUGCUAAGAAGGCGCAACAACAGCAGGUUGCUCCACCUGCUCCUACUCCAGCAGUAGCCCCAGCCGCAGCACCUGUAGAAGCCAGCGGGGACUCGGAUGCCGAGGGAGCCACCUUCUACAUACCGCUUCAGGGAGCAGGCGUAGGCGGUAGUGGAGAUGGCGGCAUCCAAGGUGUAGCAGUCAAGCUGGGACGCGAAGGACCCGAUGGUCCCAACCAGAAGGUGGUGAUGCAGGCCACGCUGGUGACCAAGGCCCAGAUGGACACCAAUUCGAAACCGCUGCCCGAGUCGCUGAAUACCAACGAGCUGGUAAAGACACUCCUUCAUGCGGCCAGCAAUGAUGCAGCCUCCGCUACGACCACAACCAGCCUGAAGAGCACGCCCAAGGCAAGCACUUCGGCAGCAGCGGGAACGGGAGCGGCAACUGGCACUGGCACAGGUACAACUACUGGUCCAGGAGCAGCGUCCUCCAGCUUGGUGCGUGUUAACUCCAACUCGUCGCUCUUCUCUGGUUCGGCCAAGUCGAGGACAGCCGCCCAGACGAGUAGCACAGCGGCGGCCGUAGCCAAGAAGUACAAGGAUGACACACCCAUCAAGAUGGCCAAUAAUACAGCCUUUCCGCGCCACGACGAUCCCACCCAAAUGGUGGAGGCACCCAUCUUCCGGCCCACGGAAAAGGAGUUCGCCGAUCCCAUUGAGUUUAUUGAAAGGAUCACACCGAUUGCAGCCAGGUUUGGCAUCUGCAAGAUCAUUCCGCCGGCGAGCUUUAAACCAGAGUGCCGGAUCUCGGACGAGAUGCGAUUCACGGCUUAUAAUCAGUAUGUGCACAAGAUGCUCCACCGCUGGGGGCCCAGUGCCAAGGAGCUGAGUGCGAUCAAGAAGUAUUUGGCAACCCAGAGCAUUGUGAUGAAUCAUCCUCCGUGGAUCGGUGGCAUGGAGGUGGACCUACCGCGGCUAUAUCAUACGGUCCAGGAGUUAGGCGGUCUCAAGGAGGUGAUCGAGAAGAAGAAGUGGUCGCGAGUGGCGGAGGAAAUGUGCAUACCCAAGCUGGCCCAAGAUCGGGUGACCAAGCUGGAUGAUAUCUACUGCAAGUACCUGCUGCCAUACGACACGCUAUCGCCGGCGGAGCGCCAGAAGCUCUUUGACGAGGUCGAAGCCGAUUGGGCCAAGCGGGAGGCAAGGGCACGUCGGAAUGCGGAUCGAUUCGUGAACACGGAGAGCGUGUCCAACGAGGAGGACGAUGUGAGCAGCGACGAGGAUGAGGAGUCCGAGGAGGAGAUCGAUGGCGUGUCCAUGGAGUGUAUAGUCAAGGGUCGGAGCAUGCCCCUCAGCCAGUUCUAUAGAAUAGCCCGUAAUACAAUGGCGUUGUGGUUCAAGAGCACCGAUCCCACAGUCAACGAAGUGGAGGCUGAGUUCUGGCGUCAUGUCGCAGUUCGCGAUAGCCAUGUGUGCGUCCACUCGGGCUCCAUUGACAGCUCCGGUUGGGGCUAUGGCUUUCCUAGCCCAGGUCCCAAAGGCAAGGGCUCCAACUAUGCCAAGCAUCCGUGGAACCUGAAAGUGCUAACCAAUAAUGCUGGCUCUGUGCUGCGCUCCCUGGGCCCAGUUAUGGGUGUUACCGUGCCCACACUCCACGUCGGCAUGCUAUUCUCCGCCUGCUGCUGGUACCGGGAUCCCCAUGGACUGUCCUGGAUCGAGUAUCUGCACACGGGCGCCUCAAAGCUGUGGUACGGCAUUCCCGAUGAUCAGAGUGCAAACUUUAGAUCGGCUUUGACGUCGCUGAUUCCGACGCAUUGCCAGAACAAGACCAUCUGGCUGCCCUGUGAUACGGUCAUGGUGCCACCGCAUAUGCUCACCGAUCGUGGCGUGUCGCUGUGCCGCAUCGAGCAGAAGCCGGGCGAGUUCAUUGUGGUCUUCCCCAGGGCCUACACCUCCAGCCUAGCCACUGGAUAUGUGGUUUCUGAGAGCGUCUACUUUGCCACCAUGUCGUGGCUGGAUCUGGCCAAGGAUGAUUUCAGGGACAUCCAUGAAAGCUGUGAGCCCGCCAUGUUUUCACUGGAGCAACUGCUCUUUGCCUUGGGCUACGAUCAGCGCGUAAACUCGGAGGCCCUGCAUCAAAUGCUACCCAUGCUUAAUGAGGUCUGCGAGAAGGAAUCGGCAGCCAGGGAGCAGCUUAGGGCUGCCGGUGUGACAUCCACUGAGAAAGUGCAGGCGGAGAAGGGACAGAAGGCCAAGAAGCAACAACAGCCGCCGCACAAGUCCAUAGAAAGCGAGUGCGAUCUGUGCCGCGCCAACCUGUACAUAUCGAUGGUGCGCACUGAGGAGGGCAGUAUUUACUGCCUGCAGCAUGCGCUCAAGAACCUCAACAACGGAAACAUUCAGGCCAAGCAAUGCAAGCUAAUCUACGCGUACAAUGUGGACGACAUACAGCAGUUGAUCCGUCAGCUGCAGGAGAAGAUCAACCAUAAGGCGGCGGUGAAGAAAAAGUAGCAUCGUCGGCGUCGUUACUAAAAGGGGCGGCGCGCAAGACAACGGACUUACGAUGCGGGAUGCGAGAUUAUGAUGACGCAGGUAGAGGCGCAGAUGAAUGUACAUAUUGUAUGGAAGAUGUGUAUACUACGUAUGUGAUUCGCCAUCUUUGGGUGAAAUAUGUAAAGUGAUGACUACCAGAGUUGAUUGAUCUGUGUGACGUAUUAAGGAAGGAGCACAUAUAUAUAUUUAUAUAUAUAUAUAUAUAUAUAUAUUUAUACAACAUUUAUCUCCCAGUUAACCAACUGACACCAUUCACUAACUGUAUGAUAAAUAGAAGCAUCUAUAGGCUAAGGAUCGGUUUACAAUUCAAUGCGCGGCAAUGCUUUCACCUUUGAUUAGUUUAUACAAUUAUUUAGAUCUUUAGGAAUUUUGCAAUCAUUUUGUUUUCCAUUUUCGUUUAUUUUUUGUUAUGCCAUGUGUACGUACCCCCCUCUUCCCUACCCCUUCCCCCUCCCCCAACGAGAAAUGUUAUUAACCUUAUUAACCCUUGUGUUGUUGUAAAUAUAGAGCGAGCCUGCCCUGCCUAGUGUAUGUAGUUAGCUAUCGGAUUAAGAGAGAGAGGAAACCAUGCUUAACGUGUUGCAAUUUCUACCUACCUUUUGUACGCUAAGAUAUAACGAGUAAUUAAGUAAUUAAUUGCGCCUCCGCAACCACACUCCCCCCUAUAGAGCACAUACAAUAACAGGAGACCCGGGAUGGAUCCUCCGCCCAGCUAACGAACUAACGAACGAAAGCCAGAGUUACUAUCGAUUCAACCAAAAAAGUGAAAAGAGAAAAUAGCGAUACAGAUACAGACGCAAAAUCCAGAUCAAGGACAACAGGCAAUAACUGCAAUGAGAGGGAACUUUUUCACUAAAUGUUCAAUGUGUAUUUAUAUUUAGAAGUAGUCAUAAUAAUACAUUUUAAGUAACAAGUGCAACAAUAAAUCUUAACGCGAUAUAUCGAA